UUGCUCGCGCAGAGGAAAACGUUGCGCAGGUUCAAAAAUGGAACGUCGGCGGCGUGAGGGAGCGCGAGGGGGUGUGCGCGCGUGCGCGUGCGCGUGCGCGCCCGGGCGAGGGUGACGGGGUCCCCGCCGGCCCGAGCAUCGCGCGCCUCAGCCGCGGCCCCGCAGCUCCGCCCCCGGCCCGGCCCGGCCCGGCCCCGGGCCCGCUCGCCCGCCGCCCCGCAUGGAGCUGUCAGCCAUCGGCGAGCAGGUGUUCGCGGUGGAGAGCAUCCGGAAGAAGCGCGUGCGGAAGGGUAAAGUCGAAUAUCUGGUGAAGUGGAAAGGAUGGCCUCCAAAGUACAGCACGUGGGAGCCGGAAGAGCACAUCCUGGACCCCCGCCUGGUCAUGGCCUAUGAGGAGAAGGAGGAGAGAGACCGAGCAUCGGGGUAUAGGAAGAGAGGCCCGAAACCCAAGCGGCUUCUGCUGCAGCGGCUGUACAGCAUGGACCUGCGGAGCUCCCACAAGGCCAAGGGCAAGGAGAAGCUCUGCUUCUCCCUGACGUGCCCACUCGGCAGCGGGAGCCCUGAGGGGGUGGUCAAGGCAGGGGCGCCCGAGCUGGUGGACAAGGGCCCCUUGGUGCCCGCCCUGCCCUUCCCGCUCCGCAAGCCGCGCAAGGCCCACAAGUACCUGCGGCUCUCACGCAAGAAGUUCCCGCCCCGCGGGCCCGACCUGGAGAGUCACAGCCAUCCACGGGAGCUCUUCCUGCAGGAGCCAGCAGCCCCGGACGUCCUGCCCGCGGCCAGCGAGUGGGAGCCCGCUGAGCAGCCCCCCGAGGAGGAGGAUGCAGACCUGGCCGAGGGGCCCCCUCCUUGGACACCCGUGCUCCCCCCAAGUGAAGUGACAGUGACCGAUAUCACCGCCAACUCUGUCACCGUCACCUUCCGCGAGGCCCAGGCGGCUGAAGGUUUCUUCCGGGACCGCGGCGGGAAGUUCUGAGUCACCAUUUUUACUCUUCGUAAACUGUUUGCUUUUGGGCUUGGGGUGGGGACUUCCAGAGAUGGGGAGGGGUUGGGGGCGGGGUAAUUAUUUUAUUUAAAAAAAUAUGGAACAGGAGCAGGGGGCAAGAUCCCGACACCUUCCCGCCACCUCGCCCGUUUCUCUGCGCCUGAUGUUUACAGAAAGGCUCGGUGGUCUGUUUUGGGGGCUGGGGCUGGGGCGGCCUGGCAUCGCCCUGCCCAGGAGGGGGUCAUCUCUGGGCCAGGAUGGAGACAGGGCCACCCAUCCCUGGACGCCUCCAUCAUCAUUCUUCUCUAGAGACGCAGCAGCUGGUCCCAGGAACCAAAGGAGAAUGGGAGGGCCCAAACCCUCUCCCUUGAGCCCCCCACUCCCUCGUUUCUGGUUAGUUUCCCUUUUCCUUUUUUGGGGGUGGGGGGGGUCUUUAUUUUUAACUUUCCACUCCAGCUUUGCGGUGGGACAUAGAGGCUGGCUUUGACCAAAAAUGACCGGGUCAAGACGAGGGGCCAGGAGGAAGGCUUUGCGGUUGUUGGGGUGCAUCCCAUACCCUUCCCUGGGUGUGGCUGCCAGCUGAGCCCCUUCCACUGGGAGCCCCCCCCCCCCCCCGCCCACAUCACCUGGCCUGUGAAAAACACUCAUGUGCACACCCAGCCACACAGGCAUGCACACCCGGCCCCGGGACCCCGUGACUGUGGGCAGUGUGUCUGCAGAUGCGCACAGUGGGUCUUGUAAACCUCCUGUUUAGAACCCCGACCUGGUAAAUUGUGGGGUGACUCCCAGUGCCUCAGAACUUGUCACGGGCACCCCACGCUUACCAGCCUUGCCCAGCACGUCAUGUGACAGGAUCUCUCCCGACUCAGUCUGCUCACAGCUGUCUGCAGAGGGCCGGAUGGCCUCCGAGGCUCCAGGCAUGCAUUGUGGUUCUUUGGCUUUACCUGGCCAGCCGCAGGUACGCCGUGGGUCAGCACAGGCUCUGAGGCACAUGGGCCCUGUCCUGCCUCCCCCGAGGGGCUCUUGUUUUCUCUGACUCAGGUGACUUUUCAACCCUACCCAUUCCUCUCUUUUGCUGCUCUCCCAGAGAGGGAGGGAGCAUCCCACCACCUUCUCAGGGCAGCCUUCAACUCCUGAAACCCUUCCUCCUUCCAUUCUGUGUCCCCUCCCCAUUCAUCUUAAAUGCCACAGCUGGGAGUGACCUAGUGUUCCUGGGGGGGACCUCUGCCAUGUCUUCCUGCAGUGGGGCUGCAGUGGAUGGUGGGUCAGGCUGUGUAUGAGCCCCUGCCUGCCUGGCCAGGGGCUGUGGCCGCCAGGAGGAGGGGCUCUCGCCUCCUGGUUUGCACAGAUGUGCACUGUGGCCAAAUAGCUUCCCAGGCCUCGAGGGGGGGCUGUUCCCCUGCUCCAGCCCUGUAAGGGAGAAAAAGCCAGGUGGGGCUGGGCACCGGGGGAGCAAAAGUAAAAGGCUGGCUCCCUCCACCCUUCCCCCAUCAUCAGAGUUGGGCACUGGGGGGAGGGGCCCUGCCUGCCCUCUCCCAGGGCCCUCUCCCCACUCUGCUUUGUCCUGAGGAAGUCAGCAGAAUCCCGCUGAGGCGAGGAUAGGGUGAUUCUUCUCCCAGACCCCUUCUUCCCAAGUUCCCAAACCAAAGACAGCCUGGACCCCGUUUUUGUUUGGGGUGCCCUGCUGGCAAGAUUCCUAAAUCCCUGAGUCUCUCCCCUUCCUCCUUAAUCCUUCGUUGUCCAGGGUCAAUUCAGUGCUUCCAUUCGGGGGUGGUCCCCUUUGGUUGUUCCUCCCAGCCUAGGAAGUUGACUCUAGAGGAGUAUGUGAGGGUGGACCAGGGAAGGAGGGGCAGCAGAACUUCCCCCCACAACCCCACCCUUUCCAGCUGUGAGACCCUGGGUCCAGGAAGGGCAGCCUGGAGUUGGGGGGUUCUCCCAGGACACGGGCUCCCAACAGAUGUGAGGGUGGUGGAGCGGGGGCGGGGCCGGGGGGGGGGCCCAUCUAAUCGAAUGCUAUUGGCCAUGGCUUUGGGGCUGGGCUGGCGGCUUGCAAUAGAAGGCAUACACCCCAUCCCCCAGGGGACAUGGGACCUCUUCCUGCCUCGUGGGCACUUUCAAAGAGCGGUUUGUGCAAUUUGCGGGCUCGGGGGGUUCUGGGGGGGCCGUUUGUGGAGUGAGACAGCUGAUGUUCUGUCUGCUGCAGCAGGAUGCUUCUUGCCUCUUCCUCAGCCCUUUAAGGCGCGCAGAGUGUCCUGCGUCUCAGAGAGGGGCUCCCCACGGCUCCCCAGGAUGGAGACCUCUAUGAGGGGCUGGGUGUGGUCUUGCAGGCCUUUGCCCAGCCCUGAGCGUUCCAGCGGGGCCUGGGACACUGAGCUCCCACCCCACCCCACCCCAUCCCAGAAGGCCAGUACUCUCAGCGGGGGGGGGGGGGGGGAGGGACGCUUAGAAAGAGUUGGACCGUCUGUCUUUCCUUCCCCAGCCCCCACCCAUUUUGAAUGUAGAGAGCCCUCUUGCUGUGGGAUGGGGCGAGGAGAGGGUUCCCCCACCCCUGGCUGGGCCACUUGCAAUGCCCAGCCGAACCCUGUCAUCCCUCCAGGGGGAUGAUCCCAUCGCUGACUCCCCUCCUGCAGGGGGAGGCGCUAUGCCCAUGUAAGGUGGCUUAGCUUUGCUUUGUAAGUGGCCGGCCUGACCUCCACAUCUCAGCACAAGAAGGCUGCCUUUGCACGGAAUGAGCGUCGAGCUUUGUUCAGACAACGUGAAUGUAUUUGGGAGGGUUGGGGGCGCGGGCUGAUUCCAAGCACAUGCCUUUUCUGAGUGAGUGUGUGCUGGGAGGGCUAGAGCGGAUGCAGAGCGCGGUUUAUUUUUGUACUGAUAUUGGUAAGAGACUGUAUAGCAUCUAUUUAUUUAGAUGAUUUAUCUGGUAAAUGAGGCAAAAAAAAAUUAUUAAAAAUACAUUAAAGAUGAUUUUGAAAAAAA